GGAAAAAAUAAAUGAUAUGGAGCAAAUGAGAAAAAUUGUCCAAGGUACUGAAUUUAAAGCCAUAAAAACACGGCUGUCAUAUGUAAAUCGUCUUUUUCCACAACUUGGUCCUAAUGCUGAAUGUGUUUUAUUUUGUUACGUUAAACCCCAAGACCUGAAAGAAAUAAUAAAAGAUGAAAAUAAUAUCAACGAUUCAUUGGCAAUGGAUACCACAGGUUCUCCUUUGUCGCACUCAUUUGGCGACGACAGCUUCAAUGUAACGAUAGCGCCGACUAAAAAAAAUUGGUUUAGAGAUGAAGAAAAACACAUUCCUCUUGACAGACGUACUGCAGCGGAAUUGAUUAAUGUCGCUCAGGAAAAACUGAGUGCUGAUACAUGGACACUUCCAGUAUUUUCUUUAUGUGAUCCUAAAGAAAAUGAUGAAGAAAGAGGUGUAUUAAUUGGUACCGUAUUCAGUGACAAGUAUUUUAUUCCAAUUGAUGUCAGUUUGCCAGCAAUGACGUCACUCAAUCACAUUCAGAACGGAUUUUCUGAUCUUAUGAGACAGCACUUUGAUCUGGUGGGUUCGUCUUCACUUGAUGUUGACAUUAAAAUCACCAGCACUUACGAAUUAUGUGGAACUAGUUAUGAAAUGAUUGAUACAAGGGAGCAGUCUACUGAUGAAUUUAAAGGAUACUUGAAAGUUGAAGCCACUUGGGAUAGUUUGACAUUUUUACCGCCACCAACUGCCUUGUCUAAUAAACUUGUCGCAGAAAUAAUAAGCGGUUCAAGAGCAAGUCCGCUGUGUGAUCUAUGGGACCAGAUAGUGCUGCUAGAUAAAUAUUUAACAAUGGUUCAAAAGUAUCAUGAAAAACAUUUAAGUUCACGGUACAGCGUCAAGCCGUUAAUUUUCCCAAAAGAUUUCGAUAAUUCUUACAAACAGAGCGAUGAUGUCGUCAUGCGUCAAUUAAAAAGACUACUGAGUGGAGAUGAUCCUUUUGAGAGCGACGAGAACACUGAAGGCAUACAAGUUUCUGAAGACAAUGACAGAAGAACAAAACUGAUUGAGUUCAUUGAAGAACUUCCUAGAAGAGACAAUCUUGAUUUUACUGAUAAGUUCUGGCAGAUUAUUAGAGCAGCUGAUAAUUACGUCCUGAUAACUGAUUGUGUCUACGCAAUUUUUGAAGCGAUGGUUGAAAAAAAUUUCAAACCUCAAUUCAAUAGCACGGAGGACACGAGAUUCGCGGGAAUGGUCUCAGAACUGGACAGUGAACAUAAAAAGUUUUCUCUGCAUGCGGGUUCGAUAUCAUUGGAGUUGGUAAUUGACAUGGGAAUAGAGAAGAUCAGUCGAGAUUAUUUAUAUUUGCUAUCAAAUAUGAGCCUGCUCGAGAUGUCUGAUCUCCAGAAAUUGAUAACUAAUGUGUCGAGUGAUGAAUUCAAACUCGAUAACUAUCGUAAUAAAUUAAAGGCAUUGGCUCAAGUUCACAUAAGUUUAGAAUUUCUUCAACUGAUCCAGAGUCAAAUUGAUUGCCGCUGCGAAGUCUCUCAUUCUAUUUUCGAAACUAUUUUUAAAAAGUACAGCGGCCCUAAUUCACCGCUCAAAUUCUCAUAUUUAGAGAAGCCAAAUGUCUACACCAUCAGUAUGCCAGCACCGAUGCAAAUUAUUUCAGAAAUUACUACUAAAGAACCUUUUUCAUGGAUGAGUUCACUGACGAGCGAAAAUAAAAAUGAAAAAUGGACGACAAUUAAUUGCUACAGCCGUAUUCCAAUGUUUCCACCAAAUAUUUAUGUACCAGGUGAACUUGAAAAGGGUCAAAUGGAAUUAGGAGACACGUAUUACGUUACUAGUGCAGAAAUACGUUACAUGCGAUUUGGCUAAAAAAUUAAUUACUCAAGUAAUUAAUAAAAGUCAGUCAUUAUUAAAAUUAAAUACCUCAUAUUUAUAAAAUUUUUGUACUUUUAUAAAAAGUUAAAUAAUAAAAGUUUAUGUUUUAUUACUUAAAUAUUAUAAUUAAAUUUAUGUAAGUGAUUAUAUG